GUGUUCUCUGAUGAGUAAUAUACUUACACCUGAUAUUUAAAACGCCUGAAAAAAUGCAGAUAAAGUAUUUUGGUGCCACAAUUGUAAAAUCUAGUUUGCUAAAGUAUAUCUCAGUCAAACACACAGACACACACACACAAAUGUAGUGAUAAUGUAAAAGAAAAAAAGUAACUAAAUGGGAAAACACAGGCUUUGUCGUGCCAUUUUCAUACGGUCUCUUUUUACAUUUCAUUCCGUUAUAGCAAUAUGGUUAGUAACAAAAGUGAAAAAUGAUCAGUGGUUUUGGUAUCUCACAUUACCAAUAUUUUUCCUCGUAUUUGAAAGUAUCACAACGUUUAGCAUCAGGCAGAAACUUGAGUGGAGAUGGUUUUGUCCUUCGGUAUUCUUGUAUUUGACGAGUAUAGUACCAGCAAUAUGGUUACUUGAACUGGACAAGGUCGACAGGAGGAUGAAAGCUAUAGGAGAAAUACCACUAAACUUAACCACAGGAUCACAGUUGAAAGAUUUUAAUGAUUUAAUCGGGGUGCAAAUUAAACUUCCAGAUAUUUCACUCACUACAGAAACCUGGAUUACACUGAUAGAACAAUUUCUGAUGCUAAUACUGAUUAUAGGAAGAUGGAUGCUGCCAAAAGGCGACUUAACUAGAGAUCAGCUUAGCCAGCUGUUGCUAGUUUAUAUAGGUACUGCUGCCGACAUCAUAGAAUUUUUUGAUUCCUUCAAAGAUGAUAAAAUCGCAUCCGAACCAAUACUCGUUCUGUUGACUUUGGGCAUUUGGUCAUGGAGUUUGAUGCAAUUCACUGUGGUACUAACUGCAACUAAAGCAAGAAGAUCAAGAUUAACCACCACCAAACCCAGUAUUAAAAGAUCUGAUAACUGUUGCACUAUAGAUGUUUGCAGUAUUGUCCUGAAUAUCACGCUACAGGAUGCUCCAUUCCUUGCGUUCAGAUUGUUACUGAUAACUCAUUUCAAGAUUAUCUCUUACAUGAAUGUGUUUUUCACUUGCAAGAAUACUCUAGUCAUACUUUUACAAAUGUAUAGGUUGUAUGUUGUCUACAGUGAGCAUAACAAAAAGGUAGAUGAUCACGAGCAACUUACUAACAUUUCGAUCAUUUCAAAAGACAUCGGUUAUAACAGAAGACCUAGGAGACCUUCUACCAGAGCAUACAGAAGCAGUGUCAGACGAUCUCGGGAAGAAGUAAAUUAUUCUAGUGAGAGUGACGGAGAUCGCAGCAAACAAAAAAGACAAUCGAAGGCCUCCCGGAAAGAUACUGGUUAUUCAACAGAAAGUUCUCAUGCCAGUCUGAGGAAGCAGAAUAGAUCAAAAAAUAGACGAUCGGGAGAUCGAUCGAGGAGCAGAGAAUACUUAGACGAAGAAGAAAAUAGAAGGGAUUCCAAGCAGAGACUGAGAAGAUCUGACGGAGAUACAAAAGGACGAAGAAAAAUGGAAGAUGCUUUCCCAGAAGAAAGUGAUCAAGAUCAAGAGGAAGCUACCAUAGUGAGAAAGCAGAAGAAAACGCGAGGGUCCAAUGAGAAAAAAUACCAGAACGCAGAUUCCAGCGAUCCCUCAACCGAAUGACGUCAUCUACUUGCCAUCAUGGCCUUGUUUUGCCUCUUUUUCUUCAUACUGAUUUGUUGCCUAUUCUUUAUCUACUGGGGGAUCAACACUGAGGGCUUGGUGGUAGCUAAAGUGUACAGGCAUUAAGGGCCGAUUUUACUCGUGGCCCUCGAGGAUCAAAAUUUGAUCCGUGGUUCAGAAUUUACCAAUCAGAUUUGUCAAAUUGGCGAAAAAUAAGUAACUUGUUUAAUAAGGUUCUUCAAGCCCCAAACUGAACCAAGCGUUUUUGAUUGAUCACCUGAUUUAGCUACAAAAGCCUACUUUUAUAUUUGAUCUGUGUAUGAAAAUUUGAUCCGUGGAUCAAAAUAUUCACUACCAGAUGAUAGAACCAAAUUUAAAACAACCAUAAGAACUUGAGAAAAUUAUAAAAUGAUAUAUCGGUUGCUAUAGUUAGGUAAAGAUUUUAAUAAUUCCUUGAUAACUCUCUUACUAGAUUUGUAGACGGUCAUCAGUCAAGAAAAUUCGUUGAUUUUUUCAUUGCAGUACAACAGUUUACUUGAUAAAUUCUUUGGAGACAAAAAUUCUAUUACAGAAUCCUCAUUACUGGACAAAGAUCAGGCAAAGGUGCAAUCCACUUUACUACCCUGCAAAAUAAUUUAAAUUCGCAACACGUGUUUAGAGAUAAUUGAGAUUCGCUUAUAAUCGUCGCACUUCGUACUGACAUCUCUGUUCAAUAAGUUUAAGGAGGCUGAGAGUGGGGUGAAAGGAACGCUUUUGUGUGAGACGUCAUUAAAACGCAGUCGACGGACUGAUGCAGUGCUACCAAAUCUAAGGCCCUUGCGACUUCUUACUGUACUGCAAGCUGAUAAUACAUAUACGAGUAGAUAAUAUAUAUUAUCAAGAGUCUGUUUUGUCGCCCCAUGGUAAUUGACACGUCUUUUUCAAUUUAAUGGAUAGAGUCAGAAUGGAGUUUAAUACGAUCAUCUCCUUUAUUUUUUGAUUCUACGUUGAUUUGAAGUGAUUUAUAAAGCACUUUUUGAUUUAGGUUGGGGACUAGAGGCCCUUCUUACACAAAUCGUAUAAUUAUCUGCUAGUUUGAGAAAUAUUUUAGAAGAAAUUUACGAUGUACUUCAAAAACGUAUUCUGAUUGGUCAAUUUUGAUCCGUGGGUCAAAUUUUGAUACCCGGAUCGUAAAAUCGGUC